CGUUAAUUCUACACUGGGAAGUGAGAAGUGAGAACCUCCCAACUAGAAUUUUGAAAGCUCAAAUUUUCUUCAGGCAGGCGGGCGGUGAAUUCAUCACAACUUCCAUCGGAUCAUCCUUAACCGCUCCGGUAAAUGACGUCAUCAUCAUCUCAAACUCAAGUCCAAUCUCAGAAGCCCCCUAGAAAACCCCAAGCACCACCCAUUUCCACCACCACACCCACCACCUCAAAACGGAAUUGGUCCCUCAACGAUUUCGAAAUCGGAAAACCCAUCGGCCGUGGCAAAUUCGGCCGCGUCUACCUAGCCCGCGAAGUCCAGAGCAAGUAUAUAGUGGCGUUGAAGGUGAUAUUCAAGGAGCAAAUAGGGAAACAUGGGCUGCACAGGCAAUUGAGGAGAGAGAUGGAGAUUCAGUCUAGUCUUCACCACCCCAAUAUUCUUAGGCUUCACGGCUGGUUCCACGACGACCUCCGCGUUGUCUUGAUUUUGGAGUACGCCCACGGCGGCGAGCUUUACCGCCAGCUCCGCAAGUCCGGCCACUUCUCCGAACCACAAGCCGCCUAUUACAUUGCUAGUCUCACGCGAGCAUUGGCAUAUUGCCAUGAGAAGCAUGUGAUUCACAGGGACAUCAAACCAGAAAACUUGCUACUUGAUCAUGAGGGCCACUUGAAGAUUGCAGAUUUUGGAUGGUCCGUACAAUUAAAGUCAGAAAGCAAAAGAAUGACCAUGUGUGGAACUUUGGACUAUUUAGCACCAGAAAUGGUGGACAACCAAGCUCAUGACUAUGCUGUUGACAACUGGACAUUGGGUGUCCUGUGCUAUGAGCUUUUGUAUGGCGUUCCUCCAUUUGAGGCAGAGAGCCAGAGGGAUACAUUCAGAAGGAUAAUGAAGGUCGACCUCAGCUUCCCUUCCACUCCUACUGUGUCUGCAGAAGCCAAAAAUCUCAUCAGUCGGCUUCUGGUAAAGGACUCAAAAAAAAGGCUGUCCCUUAAGGAGAUUUUGGAGCACCCUUGGGUAGUUAAGAAUGCUGAAAACGCAGUUGCCUGCACAUAUUAGCUUAGUCCCAUUCUACUCCAAUCUCUGAGUUGGAGAUUACUUCUAGUUAAAGUGAAGUGAAGUUGUCUUUAGAACGCAUUUGUAAUCUCAGAAGAAGAAAACUUUAUUUCUUUUUCUCUUCAUUCGAGCACUAUACAUAGCAUUAAGUUGUAAAUUACUACAAGUUUAGUGCUUGACUUCUUGCUAACAUGCAAAUGAAUCUCACCGUCAAAGCACCGAUUAAUUAGUUUUAUGAGUUUCAUGGUGUAACAUUUGGAUCUUGGUCAAUAGAGAGCUUGUUCAGCCAAAGAAAAUUAUGAAACAAUAGCUAUCUGAAACAGUUUGU